AUGGCUGUGCAGUUGCCUCCAAACAGAGGCCCCUGUGUUUUGGUCUGUUUUGGUCGACGAGAUUUGAUCACCACAAUGCCAGAUAGACUGAAUGUACUGACUGGCUCCUGUGUGCAAAUUCCAUGUUCAUUUGAUGUUCCUGACAAAGAUAAGAAUACAUUUAACAGCGCAAUACUACUCUCUGGAGUGUGGAUUAAAGAAAACUCAAAGUUUCGUGAGCGUCCGGACAGAGUGAUAUUUAACAGUAGUAAGACAGCCAACACAUACCAAGGGGAGAUAACUGGAAACAUGUCCCAGAAGAACUGCACCACAGUCUUCUUCAACGUAACCACCAGUUACUCUGAUAAAUACUACUUCAGGAUUGAGAGUCAACCAUACCUUGCAACAGAUUCUGAUAAGCCUGUUAAUAUAGUUGUCAGUGAUUUGCCUUCCAGUCCAAUCAUUACUGUCUCAGGUGAGGUGAAGGAAGGGACCCCUGUCAGUUUGAACUGCUCUGCUGUCGCUCCCUGUCCUGAACCCCCCCCUGAGCUGACAUGGGCUCUCCCAACACAGUUCACAACUGAGAACCAACUGCAGGAGAAUCCAGACCAAACCAAAUCAGUUCUCUCCACGGUGACCUUCACUCCGUCAUAUCUUCAUCACGAGAAGAACAUCACUUGUACUGCAGUCUACCCAGUAGGGACAAGCAACAAGACAGCUGAACAUAACAUGAUGCUUAACGUUUCAUUCUCUCCUAAGGACACCUCGGCCUCCAUCAGUCCGGCUGAUCCAGUAUCAGUGGGCAGCUGUGUUAAUCUGACCUGCAGCAGUACAGCCAACCCUCCUGUGACAAACUUCACCUGGUUCAAGAUCAGUGAGGGUAAAACAACACAGGUAGCAUCUGGACUGAGUUACACCCUCAAUGUGACUGGUGAUGGAGGACUGUACUUCUGUGAAGCAAGAAAUAGUCACGGCUGUGGGAAGUCAAAGGAAGUGCAGCUGGCUAUUAAAGGAUCAGGAGAGCAUGUUACCAACCCAACGGUUGGGGUUGCAGCAGGAACUCUGGGGGCAUUUUUGCUUAUCAGCCUGAUCAGUCUUUUUGUAUGGAGGAGAAACUCGAGGCUCCACGAUGGACUUGAAAGGACAGACAGUCCACAGGGACAGAACUCCCCGGUUGGAACAGUGUGUACUAACCAGGCCACAGCCGGAGAGGAACCAGAGGAACCUGCAGAAGACCAGCCUGAAGAGAUCCAAUACGGUGACAUAGACUUCUCCAAACUACAGACCAAAGAGACCCCAGCUGCAGCCCAGGACAGGGUCCAGGGACAGGAGAGUGAGUACGCUGAAGUCAAUGUGACCGGGAGUAGGGCCCAGUUACCAUCACUUAACAACCUAGAUGGGCUUUAUGCACAAGUGACUAAAUAAGUGCUUGUUAAUUAUUUUUCCAAUGUGUAUUAAGUGUUUUUAUGUACAGUAUUGUCAUUGUGUUUCUUGCUUCAUGUUGGUACUUCUGUUGCAUUAAUAAUUAAGUGCUCUUUGAUUAUCUGCAUAUUUGUAGAAUUUUCUGGGAUGAAAAGUGUUUCUCUUACUAUAGUGUUGAUACGAUGAUGCAGGCUACUCUUUAUUUUAGACCAUUUAUUUUGACUGUUGAGUUCACAGAGCAUCUGUUUAAUGGGUUCCAGUAUAGAGGAACUGCUGGGUUCAACUAGCUCACUGAAGGCAGAUUAAGACCAUAUAAAGUCAAUGAUGACUGAGGAGAGAAGAGACAGUUAGUUGGAGAGACAGUGGUCUGAUACAAGACAGGAAGUUGGUGAAGUAAGUCUACAUGAUGGCAGAAUGGUGUUAACAUCUACUAGUUACUGUUUAUCUUCAUCUUUUGUGCAGUUACCAGAAUAACAAUAUGAUCUAUUUUCAGUUUAUACAGUUGGAGUCAGAAGUUUACAUACAGAUAGGUUGGAGUCAUUAACAUUAAUUGUUCAACCACUCCACAAAUUUCCAAACUAUAGUUUUGGCAAGUCGGUUAGGACAUCUACUUUGUGCAAGUAAUUUUUCCAACAUUUGUUUACAGACAGAUUAUUUCACUUAUAAUUCACUGUAUCACAAUUCCAGUGGGUCAGAAGUUUACAUGCACUAUGUUGACUGUGCCUUUAAACAGCUUGGAAAAUUCCAGAAAAUUAUGUCAUGGCUUUAGAAGCUUCUGAUUAACAUCAUUUGAGUCAAUUGCAGGUGUACCUGUGGAUGUAUUUCAAAGCCUACCUUCAAACUCAGUGCCUCUUUGCUUGACAAAGAAAUCAGCCAAGACCUCAGAAAAAAAUGUAGACCUCCACAAGUCUGGUUCAAUUUCCAAUUGCCUGAAGGUACCAAGUUCAUCUGUACGAACAAUAGUACGCACAUAUAAGCACCAUGGGACCACGCAGCCGUCAUACCACUCAGGAAGGAGACACGUUGUGCAUCCUAGAGAUAAACCUACUUUGGUGCGAAAAGUGCAAAUCAAUACCAGAACAACAGCAAAGGACCUUGUGAAGAUGCUGGAGGAAACAGGUACAAAAGUAUCUAUUUCCACAGUAAAACGAGUCCUAUAUCGACAUAACCUGAAAGGUCGCUCAGCAAGGAAGAAGCCAAUGCUCCAAAACCGCCAUAAAAAAGAUAGACUACGGUUUGCAACUGCACAUGCGGACAAAGAUUGUAGUUUUUGGAGAAAUGUCCUUUGGUCUAAUGAAACAAAAAUAGAACUGUUUGGAGAAAAAGGGGAGGCUUGCAAGCCGAAGAACUCUAUCCCAACAGUGAAGCAAGGGGGUGGCAGCAUCAUGUUGUGGGGGUGCUUUGCUGCAGGAGGGACUGAUGCACUUCACAAAAUAGAUGGCAUCAUGAGGAAGGAAAAUUAAGUGGAUAUAUUGAAGCUACAUCUCAAGACAUCAGUCAGGAAGGUAAAGCU